AUGAUGAAGAUUAGUAUUGGAUGGAUUUUGCUGUGUUUAGUUGGUGUGGCACUGGGCCAGGGCAACACUGGCACUGGUUUGGACUUAUUUUCGUUUCCUACCCAAAAUUUCGGUAGCAGUCAAACUCAGAACACGGAUUCCGGACUGAAUUCGGGAUUACAGCCAGUAAAUACGGGACUGUCAACUUCUACAACCAAUACAGCUGGAUUACCGACCGGAUCUAUUCAGUCUGGAUCGUCUGUUGGAACUAGAACUGGAUCAAUGCAACCAGGAUUUUCGACAAUAGGCAGCACAGCAUCCGUGCAAAAUACUGGUAUUCCAUCCCAAACCACAUCCCUGGGUCAAGGGCAGACAGGACUUUCCAUUGGGAGGCAGGGCGGAGUUAAUGGCUUUCCACCCAAUCAGGGCAUUCCUGGCCCCCUUAACCAAGGAUUUUCGCCUCAGUUUGGUGCUGGGCCACAGGGACGCUUUCCUGGACAAACCAAUCUAAUGGGACAACCAGGCUUCAAUAGACCACUUGGGUUUAAUGGACAACCUGGACUUAAUGGACAACCUGGGUUUAAUGGGCAACCUGGACUCAAUGGACAACCUGGGUUUAAUGGGCAACCUGGACUCAAUGGACAACCUGGGUUUAAUGGGCAACCUGGACUCAAUGGACAACUUGGGUUUAAUGGGCAGCCAGGACUUAAUGGACAACCAGGACUUAAUGGACAACCUGGGUUUAAUGGGCAGCCUGGUCAACCAUUUAAUGGAUUUAACGGACAGCCAAGGUUCAACGGACAAGCUGGAUUCAAUGGUCCUUUAAACUUUAAUGGACAACCCAACAUGCCAGGAUUUAAUGGACAGCCUGGAUUUCCUCAACCAGGCUUCAAUGCAGGUCAAGGCGGGUUUAAUGGUGGUCCUCCGGGUUUCGGACAACCGGGUUUCAAUGCUGGACAGCCGGGAUUUACUGGUGGGCAACCUGGAAUGCCUGGUCAACAGGGAUUUCCUGGACAACCUGGGGGAUUUCCUGGUCAGUUCCAGCCCUCUCUAGUCCCUGGCGGUCAGACAAACCAGGCCCAGUGCCAUCAGACGGAUUGCCCGGCUGGUCAGCAGUGUGCCUUUUCUCCAAUGGGUUCCUCCCAAGUACAGUACAUGUGCCCUAAAUGGAUCCCUAUGCUAAGAUGCCAAUGUGUUGCAGGUUGUCGGUCACAGAACACAUUCAUUCCCUUCGGACAGUCUCGGCAGGUUGACCAGUGUGGCAAUGUGUGCACGUGUAACAAUAGCCAAUCAGGAGAGGCGGCCUGUACUAUGAGAGCUUGUCCGGACCUAACUGGGAAGAAAUAAAGCAAAAGAGACGUCAAAAACUAGUCCUUUAUCUUCUCCAAAACUUUAUUUAUGUGAUUGUUUUGUACUAUAUAUUUUAUAAUAAAUAUACAUUUUUUA